CAUGUCGAGCACAUGAAAAUUGAACGGUGAAAAAGGAAGACUGCUCAGCCAUCCAGAUCCUGCGAGCGCUCGGAUAGUGAGGACGCCCCGAUGAUGUUCGAUCAUUUUCUUAUGGACUUGACAUAUACCUUGCACAUCACAGCCCUGUUAUGAGUGAAAAGAGCAGCACAGUCGGCCGCAGCCCAGUGGCUCAGUCAUCAUGGAUUGUGUUUCCUCAUCACUACCAAAAUUUAGACGGUUUUUACUCAUGUUUGCUCUGUCGCUUGAUACACCUCGUACUCAAGACACAGAUAAGACGUAUUCCCUUGAAUCACACCGUCACGAUCAUUUGUGCUACAAUAUUCUCUACACAUCACGCGCGCUUGAAUAGGCUCAUGCAAGAUCGCCGUUUGCCGCAUGCCACGACACCAACAACGAUUGAAGAUGAUUAUUUUGGCAGUUAUGAAGUCAGCCUAAGUCUGUCUGCAUCUGGGCCCUCAUAUUAUGCAAGGCACUCUGUCCCCUUGAAUAAAUACGAGCUUAACGAUUCCAGGAAAGCAUGAGCGUAAGGUAUGCGCCAGCACGUUUUGUCCUACGUACAAGUAGGACAGCCGCCCUUCUCGAUAAUAUCCAGCAAUAUGAUGGAGGAGAUGACGGUCACAAAAGGCAAUGAAUAUCAUCGCAUGCUUAUCUAUUGGUGCAAUGCCAUCAGAGUUACAAACCAAGAUGUGCGUACAUAUCUAAAUUGGUUUGAUGUAGACGGAUACAACGAUAGUAUCUAGUUUGA